AUGGAAGUGAAUGAGGUCAAAGUAUCAGAGGUGAUAGGUGUGGUGAAGUUCUCGACGCCCGAGGCCUUCACCAAGGGUCAGGAUAAAGAUGAUAUCUCUUUUCUUUCAGAUGCUUCCACUGAGCUGCUGGUGUCCAGUUCUAAGCAGGAGCAAGUGGAGGCUGAGUACAUGCGUUUAAAGAGGAUCCAUGCCGAGCUGGAGGAGAAGCUGGAGGCCUCAGAGAUCCAGAAUAAACAGCAGUCAGCUGAGUACAGGACCAUGAUGCAACAGAAAGAUGUGGAGAUCAGUCACCUGAAAGCCCGUCAGAGUGGACUACAGGACGAGGUUCAGAAACUACAGCACUCGGCUCAAUCAGCUACUUCCGACCCUGCCGUACUUCCUGUCACCACCGCCUCCACCACCACCACCUCUUCCUCUUACAUGUCCCGCCCCCUGGGGGCCCCCCACCACCACCAGGGUUUCCAUGGCAGCGAUGAGAUGGACUUCGGUGACGUGAUCUGGUCCCAGCAGGAGAUUAACCGUCUGUCUACGGAGGUGAUGAGGCUGGAGGCCGAGGUCUCCCAUUGGAGACGCGUGUCUCAGGCAUCCGUAGCCCCAGGGGCAGGAAACGGUGACCAGGGAGAGGUCCUGAAGCUUCAGAGGAUCAUCAAGGAGCUGCGUGAGGAGAUGGGUCGUGAGGUAGAUGAGCACCAGCAUGAGUUAGCAGCUCUGCAGGACGCUCAGAGACAGAAGAUGGCCGACGUCAUCCGGCGCCACCGGGACGAGCUGGCAGAGUACGAGGAGAGGAUAGAGGAGCUGGAGGAACAGAAACAGACUGGAGGAGAGGAGGAGGAACAGACUGGAGCCAACGCUCUUCAGGAGUCCUCCAUGCUCUCAGACCUCCAGAACACUAUCCAGUCCCUGCAGGAGGCAGCGAAGGAGCGGCUGAGGGGAGGACUGAAGGAGGAGCAGGAGGAGCAGCUGAAGGAGCUGACGGCUCAUCUGGAGGAGGCAGGGAAGAGACAGGCCACGCUGCAGCAGGAGAAAGAGGAGGCGCAGGCAGAGAACGCUGAGCUGCUGCAGAACUACACUCGGCUGCAGACGUCUGUCACAGAGCUCCAGUCACGUGUCCAGGAACAGGAGGGGAAGGCCCGGAACAAGGCUCAGCUAGACCAGGAGAUACAGGGGCUGAGGAAUGCUCUCGCAGGUGCAGAGAAGGAGAUCUCUAGGCUGAAGAGUCUUCAGAGUGAAACAAAGAUGGAGAUGGAACACGCUGACAUUCUAGAACUCAACACUGUCAUCGAGACGUUGAGGAAGGAGAAGCGGAAUCUACAGGAGAGGCUUGCCAGGGCCGAGGAGAGAGUGGAGUCAGACAGCCUUGAUGGAGAGGAGUCGUCCCCAUCCGCCACAGAGCAGCUAUCAGGGCUGAGGGCAGAGCUAGAGAAGAGCGAGCGGUCGUUGAGAGAGAUCCAGGAGGAACGAGAUACCCUCCUCAACGAGCUGGAAGAACUGGACCGACAGAACCAGCAGGCUACACAGCAUGUCAUCUCGGUGAAGGAGCAGCUCUCUGUUCAGCUGAAGGAAUCUGAAGCCGUUGUGGCUCGGCUCCAAUCAGAGCUCAGUACCACCGCCGACCAGAGGGUGGCGCUGCAGCAAGAGCUAAAGGCCCAGCAGGAGAAACUGAGCCACAGUGCCUUCACUCUCAACGACUUACACAUGGGCAAGCAGCAGCUGGAGGACACCGUUAAGGAGCUGAGAGACAAACUCGGACGGGCAACAGAGAUGGGCAAAGAGGCACGCAGGGAAACCCAGGAGUUCCAGAGAACCAUACAGGAGAGGGAGGAGCAGCUGUCGGCUGCCCGGGCAGAGCUGUGUGAGGCUGGGGAGAGAGGGAGAGAAUCCGGGGCGUCCAUAGAGCAGCUGGAAGUGCUCAGGAGAGAACUGGCAGAGAUGAGGAGCUCCCAGGAGAAGAUGAUGUCAGAAGACUACGAGAUGAAGAUGGAGAAGCAGAGGCUGAAGACGGAGGCUGAGCAGGCCCAGGGGAGGAUAGAGGAGCUGGCCAGGCAGGUCAGGGAGGUCCAGGCUGCUCUCACCAGGACCGUCCUGGAGAAGGACACUCGUAUCAAGGCUCUGAAGCUGGAGAAGAGCCAGCUGGAAGGGGAACUGGGCCAGGCAGAGAAGGGCUUACAGGAGCAGACCAGGCAGUACCAGCAGACCAUCGAGGAGCUGACCGCUGCUCGCUCCAUGGACGCCUCGGCACUACAGACAGAGCAUGAGCGGACAGUGAGGCUGAAUCAGGAGAAGGAUCUGGAGAUAUCCCUACUUAAAAGAAACGUGGAGCAGAUGUCCUCCGACCACAGAGACACCAACGAGAUGCUGUCCAUCACCGUGGCCGGGCAGAAACAGCUGACCGACCUCCUCCAGGAGAAGGACUCCUUCACGGAGAGUCUGAGAGCCAACAUGGCCGCCACCCAGAGGGAGCUGGAGGCCGGGGUCCAGGCAGCCACCCAGGAGGCUGAGACCCUGAGAGGAGCUCUGGAGGAGAAGGACAAGCAGCUGGGAGGCAUGAAGGAAGACAACAGCCACCUGAAGGAGGAGAUCGAUCGCCUCAGGGACCAGCAGAACAGACCCCAGCCCUCCGGCCUGUCCGAGCCACGCACCCUGGACAUCAUCACAGAACUGGAGAAUGAGAUCAGCCAGCUGAAGAGCACCAGAGACGGACUGGAGGAGGAGGGCCACUCCCUGACUAGGAGAGUGGAGGAGCAGCGAGGUCACCUCCUCUCCUCCCAGCAGUCUCUCCUGGCGCAGCAGAAUGAGUUGGAGCAGGCCCACCAACGCCACGAGCAGAGCAGAGAGAACUACGAUAGGCUGAUCCACGCCAAGGACAAGGAGAUUGGGCGCCUGCAGCAGGAAGUAGAUCACCUCGGCCACACCCACUCCUCCCAGGAACAGGAAGUGGUCAUCCUCCAACAGGAAGACAAGACCCAGUCGUCCCUGAAUAACGGAGAGAACGACAACGAGAAACAUGACCUGUCAAAGGUGGAGAUAAACCGUCUCGUGAAGGGCAUCAAGGAGAAAGAGACUGAAAUCAGCCAGCUGAAUGAAAAGAACCUGAACCUGACCAGACAGCUGGCCCAACUGGUGGUCUCCAGAGAGGAGAUUGGGAAACUCUCCCAGAUGCUCUUGCAGAAGGACCUGGAGAUCCAGGCACUGCAUGCUAGAGUCUCCCUGGGGGGCCACAGCCAGGACGUGAUGUUCCUCCAGCAGCAACUGGAGGCUUAUGCCGUGGAGAGAGAGCAGGUGCUGGCGGUGCUGAAUGAGAAGACGAGGGAGAACAGUCAGCUGAGGGGGGACUACCAGCGCAUCAUGGACAUUGUAGCAGGGAAGGAAGCUGUGCUCCUCAAGGUCCAGCAGGAGAACCAGAGGCUGUCCACCAUGUCUGACCCCUCAGGCAGCCAGGAGAUGUUCAGAGAGACCAUCCAGAACCUGUCCCGGAUCAUCAGAGAGAAGGACAUUGAGAUCGACGCGCUGACCCAGAAGUGCCAGACCCUGGUGUCGGUGCUGCAGGCAGGAGACUCUGGAGGCGUCAGCUCCAACCAGUUUGAAGAGCUGCUGCAGGACAGGGACACAUUGAAACAACAGGUGAAGAAGAUGGAGGAGUGGAAGAUGCAGGUGAUCACCACGGUAAAGAACAUGCAGCAUGAAUCUGGACAGCUGGUAGAGGAGCUCCACAAGCUACAGGGACAGGUGGAUGCAGACAACGACUGCACCUCGACUCUCUCCGUGGACUACAGCCGUCUGAUCCACAGCUAUGAGCAGAAGGAGAGGAAGCUCGGCAGUCUCAGUCACGAACUAGCCCACGUCCAACAGACCAUCAGCCAGCUGAGCAGUACUAAAGAUGUCCUCCUGGGGAAACUGGACAGUGUGGCGCAGAGUCCCCAAGUCACCCCACUGUCUGCUGCCCUGACGUCUACUGCCCAGCCUCCUGCUGCAGUGGAACCUCCCAGACACCAGGUGGCAGCACCUGCAACACCAGGGAACCAGGAAGGACUGAGACAGGAGUUGGAGUCUCUGAGAGCCCUCCUGUCUGAGAGGGAGACUAUGAUCAGGACCUUGCAGGAGAAUAACCACCGUCUGUGUAACUCAGCCCAGGUGUCAGACAGCGAGCAGCGAGGCCAGGCCGAGGAGGCCAGACAGGUCAGAGAGAGACUGGACGUUCUGCAGCGCUCUGUCAGGGAGAAAGACCUGCUCAUCAAGACUAAAGGAGAUCAACUCACCCAGGUGAGUGAGAGCCUGAGGAACCGUGAGAGCGACAACGAGGUGUUAAAACAGGCCGUGACCAACCUGAAGGAGCGAGCUCUUAUCCUGGAGAUGGAUACCAGGAAGCUGAAGGAUGAGAACGAGGCUGUGGCCCAGCGGAGCCGGGAGAAGGAGUCAGAGUUCAGAGCCCUGCAGGAGACCAACAUGCAGGUGUCCCUCCUCAUGAGGGAGAAGGAGUUUGAGAGGAGCGCCAUGUCGGAGAAGGCUGCCGCCAUGGAGAAGAUGCUCAAGGACAGAGAACAGGGCAACAGCCAGAAGUCUGGAGAGCUCAACCAGCUCCUGAACGAGCUGAGGUCCAUGCAGGAGAAAGCUGUGGCCUUCCAGCAGGAGAGAGACCAGGUCAUGCUGGCUCUCAAACAGAAACAGAUGGAGACGACAGCCGUACAGACAGAGCUGCAACAUGUGAAGGACAGAGAGCAGCGGUUGAAGUUGGAGCUGGACCGACUACGUAACCACCUGCUGGAGAUAGAGGAGUCCUACACACGGGAGGUCCUCGCCGCGGAGGACAGGGAGGCGGAGCUACGCAAGAGAGUCACGCUAUUGGAUGACAGACUGGCCACUUCCUCCAGUCAGGUGGAGAGCACCAGCCACCAGGCGUCUCUCCAGGUGGAGUCUCUCCAGGAGCAGCUGAGUGGAACGGUGAGGCAGAGAGACGAGGCCUUGACUCAGCUCAGAGCAGCACGGGACCAGGUCAACCAGUACGCCGUGUCCCUGUCCAACCUCCAGAUGGUGCUGGAGCAGUUCCAGCAAGAAGAGAAAGCCAUGUAUUCGUCAGAGCUCGAUAAAUACAAGAGGGAGAAGGACGAGUGGAGAAGAAAAGCACUUAAACUGGAGGACAUGGCCUCAGCACUUCAGAUCAACCUAGAUGAGGCUAAUGCUGCUCUGGACUCAGCCUCCAGACUCACUGACCAGCUGGACCUAAAGGAAGAACAGCUAGAAGAGCUCAAAAAACAAGUUGAUGUGAGGCAGGAGAUGUUGGAAGAGUCUCAGGACAAGUUGAUGAACCUGCUGAAUAGCACAGAGGGACAAGUAGACCAGGCUCUGAUGCGGAACCUGUUCAUGGGAUACUUCCACACCCCGAAACCCAAACGCUCCGAGGUGCUGAGGCUCAUGGGUAGUGUCCUGGGACUGGACAAGGAUGAGGUCAACCAGCUGCUGGAGGAGGAGGGAGGCCAUGGUGUCGGCGGCUGGGUGUCCGGCUGGUUGGGAGGCAGAGCUGUACAGAGUGUCCCCAACACACCACAGAGACCUGGAGCAGGACAGGGGGGCUUCAACAACUCAUUCUCUGAGAUGUUUGUAAAGUUCCUGGAGGUGGAGUCUAGGCCGGCGCUCCCUGCCCCCAGACUUCCUGUCUAUGACAUCAAACCUCUCAGUGCCCCGCCUCCUGGGAGGUCCACCAGCUCAGCCUGGGCUCAACAACCAGAAGGAGGGGCGGCAGCCGGCAGGGGACAGAGAGCAGCCGGGGAGUCCAACCCUUUCCUGGCUCCCCGCUCUGCGGCCGUACCGCUGAUGCAUCAUGGGAGCGGUAGUUCCAGUGCUUCGGGAGGACACCACCACCUCCUAAUGAAACCCAUCUCAGACAACCUGCCUACCUUCACCCCCGUGCCCGUUUCCGCUGAGAGCGGCGGGCAGGUGCUCAAAGACUUACUCAAGCAGUGAUUAGAGCCACGGCCUGUCACUCAAAGCUCCUCAUCCAAUCAGGAGGAGCGUAUACACAGACUGAGAUGGAGGAGGACCGUUAUUACUGUGUAGUGCUUUCUUCCAACAGUCCCUCAGUGAUGGUUCUACGAACUUCUGCACACGAUGAGGGUUCUACGAACUUCUGCACACGAUGAGGGUUCUACGAACUUCUGCACACGAUGAGGGUUCUACGAACUUCUGCACAGGAUGAGGGUUCAACUAAAUUCUGCACAGGAUGAGGGUUCUACUAACUUCUGCACAGGAUGAGGGUUCAACUAAAUUCUGCACAGGAUGAGGGUUCUACUAACUUCUGCACAGGAUGAGGGUUCUACUAACUUCUGCACAGGAUGAGGGUUCUACUAACAUCUACACAGGAUGAUGGUUCUUCUAACCUCCAAACGGCAGGACAUGUCAGGCAGACCCUCUCUGAUUUAACUGUCGGGUUGAUGUCGGGUUGAUAUUUCGUUGACACUAUUAAAGUUAAAGGGGAAAAUCUGCGUUGGUACAUACGUUUUUGGUUGUUUGAGCUACAGAUUGCCGCUUUAAGGAGAUGAGGUAGAAUCAGGACUUGCUGUUCAAUGCCCGCAGUGUCCCUCCCACUCAGUGUCCCUCCCACUCACUCGGUCUUUGUAACUUUGUCUGCCACGGUAUAUUGCUAACGAGGAGACGGUUUAUGCAUUGAACAAAGAGGGAACUGUGUGUGUGAAUGACUCCUGGGUAUAGCUGUGUCAUGUGAUGGGUAUGGCUGUGUCAUGUGAUGGGUAUGGCUGUGUCAUGUGACACGUAUGUGAUUGAAGGAGAACAUAUCGUCUAAAUAUGACUGGUUGGACAAUUGGGGGAUGUAGGACUUUCUAAAUGUUAUGUUUUUUGUAUUCUUUCAUUUUAGCCAUAGGCCUUCAGGAUAAUCUGUCUGAUCUGGCAAAAUGGCACCCUAAUCCCUAUGAUCCCUACCAGAGCCUUGGUCAAAUAUAGUACACUGUAGGGAAUAGGGUGCUAUUUGGACACAUAUAACACUGCUGUAUGUAUUCAACAUGCAGUGCUAUACAUAUAUAUAUAUAUAUAUACAUACACACACAGUAUCAGUCAAUAGUUUGGACACACCUACUCAUUCAAAGGGUUUUUCUUUAUUUGUACUAUUUUCUACAUUGUAGAAUAUUAGUGAAGACAUCAACACUAUGAAGUAACACAUAUGGAAUCAUGUAGUAACCAAAAAAGUGUUAAACAAAUCAAAAUAUAUUUUAGAUUCUUUAAAGUAGCCACCCUUUUGCCUUUUGAUGACAGCUUUGCACACUCUUGGCAUUCUCUCAACUAGCUUCACCUGGAUUGCUUUUCUAACCGUCUUGAUUGACUUCCCACAUAUGCUGAGCACUUGUUGGCUGCUUUCCUUCACUCUACAGUCCAACUCAUACCAAACCAUCUCAAUUGGGUUGAGGUCGGGUGAUUGUGGAGGCCAGGUCAUCUGAUGGAGCAAUCCAUCACUCUCCUUCUUGGUCAAAUAGCCCUUACACAGCCUUGAGGUGUGUUGGUUCAUUGUCCUUUAAAAAAAAUAUAUAUACGCCCACUAAGCGCAAACCAGAUGGGAUGGCGUAUCGCUGCAGAAUGCUGUGCUAGCCAUGCUGGUUAAGUGUGCCUUGAAUUCUAAAUAAAUCAGACCGUAAAGCACCAUCACACCUCCUCCUCCAUGCUUCACGGUGGGAACCACACUUGCGGAGAUCAUCCGUUCACCUUCUCUGCGUCUCACAAAGAAAGACACGGCUGUUGGAACCAAAAAUCUUAAAUUUGGACUCAUCGGGGCAACGGACGGAUUUCUUUAAUGUCCGUUGCUCGUGUUUCUUGGCCCAAACAGGUCUUCUUAUUAGUGUCCUUUAGUAGUGAUUUCUUUGCAGCAGUUCGACUGAAUGCCUGAUUCACCCAGUCUCCUCUGAACAGUUGAUAUGUCUUACGUGAACUCUGUGAAGCAUUUAUUUGGGCUGCAAUUUCUGAGGCUGGUAACUAAUGAUUUUAUCCUCUGCAGCAGAGGUAACUCUGGGUCUUUCCUGUGGCGGUCCUCAUGAGAGCCAGUUCCAUCAUAGCACAGCAGAGGUAACUCUGGGUCUUCCUUUCCUUUGGCGGUCCUCAUGAGAGCCAGGUAACUCUGGGUCUUUCCUGUGGCGGUCCUCAUGAGAGCCAGUUCCAUCAUAGCACAGCAGAGGUAACUCUGGGUCUUUUCUGUGGCGGUCCUCAUGAGAGCCAGUUCCAUCAUAGCACAGCAGAGGUAACUCUGGGUCUUCCUUUCCUGUGGCGGUCCUCAUGAGAGCCAGUUCCAUCAUAGCACAGCAGAGGUAACUCUGGGUCUUCCUUUCCUGUGGCGGUCCUCAUGGGAGCCAGUUCCAUCAUAGCACAGCAGAGGUAACUCUGGGUCUUUCCUGUGGCGGUCCUCAUGAGAGCCAGUUCCAUCAUAGCACAGCAGAGGUAACUCUGGGUCUUUCCUGUGGCGGUCCUCAUGAGAGCCAGGUAAUUCUGGGUCUUUCCUGUGGCGGUCCUCAUGAGAGCCAGGUAACUCUGGGUCUUUCCUGUGGCGGUCCUCAUGAGAGCCAGGUAACUCUGGGUCUUUCCUGUGGCGGUCCUCAUGAGAGCCAGUUCCAUCAUAGCACAGCAGAGGUAACUCUGGGUCUUUCCUGUGGCGGUCCUCAUGAGAGCCAGGUAACUCUGGGUCUUUCCUGUGGCGGUCCUCAUGAGAGCCAGGUAACUCUGGGUCUUUCCUGUGGCGGUCCUCAUGAGAGCCAGUUCCAUCAUAGCACAGCAGAGGUAACUCUGGGUCUUUCUUGUGGCGGACCUCAUGAGAGCCAGGUAACUCUGGGUCUUUCCUGUGGCGGUCCUCAUGAGAGCCAGGUAACUCUGGGUCUUUCCUGUGGCGGUCCUCAUGAGAGCCAGUUCCAUCAUAGCACAGCAGAGGUAACUCUGGGUCUUUCCUGUGGCGGUCCUCAUGAGAGAGGUAACUCUGGGUCUUUCCUGUGGCGGUCCUCAUGAGAGAGGUAACUCUGGGUCUUUCCUGUGGCGGUCCUCAUGAGAGAGGUAACUCUGGGUCUUUCCUGUGGCGAUCCUCAUGAGAGCCAGGUAACUCUGGGUCUUUCCUGUGGCGGUCCUCAUGAGAGCCAGGUAACUCUGGGUCUUUCCUGUGGCGGUCCUCAUGAGAGCCAGUUCCAUCAUAGCACAGCAGAGGUAACUCUGGGUCUUUCCUGUGGCGGUCCUCAUGAGAGAGGUAACUCUGGGUCUUUCCUGUGGCGGUCCUCAUGAGAGCCAGUUCCAUCAUAGCACAGCAGAGGUAACUCUGGGUCUUUCCUGUGGCGGUCCUCAUGAGAGCCAGGUAACUCUGGGUCUUUCCUGUGGCGGUCCUCAUGAGAGCCAGGUAACUCUGGGUCUUUCCUGUGGCGGUCCUCAUGAGAGCCAGUUCCAUCAUAGCACAGCAGAGGUAACUCUGGGUCUUUCCUGUGGCGGUCCUCAUGAGAGCCAGGUAACUCUGGGUCUUUCCUGUGGCGGUCCUCAUGAGAGCCAGGUCCAUCAUAGCACAGCAGAGGUAACUCUGGGUCUUUCCUGUGGUAGUCCUCAUGAGAGCCAGUUCCAUCAUAGCACAGCAGAGGUAACUCUGGGUCUUUCCUGUGGCGGUCCUCAUGAGAGCCAGGUAACUCUGGGUCUUUCCUGUGGAGGUCCUCAUGAGAGCCAGUUCCAUCAUAGCACAGCAGAGGUAACUCUGGGUCUUUCCUGUGGCGGUCCUCAUGAGAGCCAGGUAACUCUGGGUCUUUCCUGUGGCGGUCCUCAUGAGAGCCAGGUAACUCUGGGUCUUUCCUGUGGCGGUCCUCAUGAGAGCCAGGUAACUCUGGGUCUUUCCUGUGGCGGUCCUCAUGAGAGCCAGGUAACUCUGGGUCUUUCCUGUGGAGGUCCUCAUGAGAGCCAGAUAACUCUGGGUCUUUCCUGUGGCGGUCCUCAUGAGAGCCAGGUAACUCUGGGUCUUUCCUGUGGCGGUCCUCAUGAGAGCCAGGUAACUCUGGGUCUUUCCUGUGGCGGUCCUCAUGAGAGCCAGGUAACUCUGGGUCUUUCCUGUGGCGGUCCUCAUGAGAGCCAGGUAACUCUGGGUCUUUCCUGUGGAGGUCCUCAUGAGAGCCAGGUAACUCUGGGUCUUUCCUGUGGCGGUCCUCAUGAGAGCCAGGUAACUCUGGGUCUUUCCUGUGGCGGUCCUCAUGAGAGCCAGGUAACUCUGGGUCUUUCCUGUGGCGGUCCUCAUGAGAGCCAGGUAACUCUGGGUCUUUCCUGUGGCGGUCCUCAUGAGAGCCAGUUCCAUCAUAGCACAGCAGAGGUAACUCUGGGUCUUUCCUGUGGCGGUCCUCAUGAGAGCCAGGUAACUCUGGGUCUUUCCUGUGGCGGUCCUCAUGAGAGCCAGGUAACUCUGGGUCUUUCCUGUGGCGGUCCUCAUGAGAGCCAGGUAACUCUGGGUCUUUCCUGUGGCGGUCCUCAUGAGAGCCAGGUCCAUCAUCGCGUUUGAUGCCACUGCACUUGAAGAAACAAUUUUAGUUCUUGAAAUGUUCCGUAUUGAUGGACCUUCAUGUCUUAAAGUAAUGAUGGACGGUCGUUUCUCUUUGCUUAUUUGAGCUGUUCUUGACAUAAUAUGGACUUGGUCUUUUACCAAAUAGGGCUAUCUUCUGCUACCCCCCCCACACACACCUUGUCACAACACAACUGAUUGGCUCAAACACAUUAAGAAGGAAAGAAAUUCCACAAAUUCACUUUUAAAAAGUCACACCUGUUAAUUGAAAUGCAUUCCAGGUGACUACCUCAUGAAGCUGGUUGAGAGAAUGCCAAGAGUGUGCAAAGUUGUCAUCAAGGCAAAAGGGUGGCUACUUUGAAGAAUCUCAAAUAUAAAAUAUAUUUAAAAAAUUUGGCACCUACAUGAUUCAUUAUUUGUUAUUUUAUAGUUUUUGAUGUCUUCACUAUUAUUCUACAAUGUAGAAAAUAGUUUUUUUUAAAUAAAGAAAAACCCUUGAAUGAGUCUGUGUGUCCAGACUUCAGACUGGUAGUGUAAAUGGGUGAUAUUUUAAUAAUAAUUAAGGAAGUUCUGGAAGUACUGUCCAAAGUGUCUACCAAUUUUGCUAUUAUGAUAUAAAGGUUAUAUGAUUUGGUUUGUAAAUUAUUAAAUACAAAUAUAUAUUUACAAAGUUGUAAAAACAACUGCACAUUAAAAAGCUUUACCUCUCGCCAACUCUGUCAUAUUAGCUCUACAGUGAACUAGGAUUAUCCUCCACAGUGAACUGCUGGGAAAUGAUUUCCACCCAUACUUCUGAGAUAAAAUAGUCAAAUAAUAUUAAAUGAUAUAUCCUCAUACUCCCCAAAACAUGUUAAAGAUGCAGUCUCAAUUAAUCAUUAGGUAACCUUUCAGAGAAAUGGUAAUUCAUUAUUUUUUGGGGGGAAAAAAAACAAUAAAAUGGAAGAACACUCAGAUAACUAGUGACUUUCUAUGUUGGUUGUUUUGAUAAAAUAAAGGUAUUUACAACCCCUCAAAAGUA